GGUGGCGCCGUCGAUGCGCCCGUCGUCGACACGGCCGAACAAGUGUACAUCUCGUCGCUCGCGCUGCUCAAGAUGCUUAAGCACGGCCGCGCCGGCGUGCCGAUGGAGGUGAUGGGACUGAUGCUGGGAGAGUUUGUCGACGACUACACGGUGCGAGUCAUCGACGUGUUUGCGAUGCCGCAGUCCGGCACGGGCGUCAGCGUCGAGGCGGUCGACCCCGUCUUCCAGGCGAAGAUGCUCGACAUGCUGCGGCAGACGGGCCGGCCCGAGAUGGUCGUCGGCUGGUACCACUCGCAUCCCGGCUUCGGCUGCUGGCUGUCCGGCGUCGACAUCAACACGCAACAGAGCUUCGAGGCACUGUCGGAGCGCGCCGUAGCCGUCGUCGUCGACCCCAUACAGAGCGUCAAGGGCAAGGUUGUGAUCGACGCGUUCCGGCUCAUCAACCCGAACAUGAUGGUGCUGGGCCAGGAGCCGCGUCAGACGACGUCCAACCUCGGCCACCUGCAGAAGCCGUCGAUACAAGCGCUCAUACACGGCCUCAACCGACACUACUACUCGAUCUCGAUCAACUACCGCAAGAACGAGCUCGAGCAGAAGAUGCUGCUCAACCUGCACAAGAAGAGCUGGAUGGACGGCCUGCGGCUGCACGACUAUGCCGACCGUUGCCGCGGCGACGCGGCGACGGUGCGCGAGAUGCUCGCGCUCGCGCGCAGCUACCAGCGCGCGCUCGAAGACGAGGAGACGAUGACGGCCGAGCAGCUCGCCGUGAAGAACGUCGGCAAGCAGGACCCGAAGCGCCACCUGGAGGAGUGCGUCGAGGUGCUGAUGACGGGCAACAUUGUGCAGUGCCUCGGCGCGAUGCUCGACACGGUCGUCUUCAAGUGAGCGGGCGGGCUGGGCGGGGCAGGCCGGGCAGGCUGGCCAGCGUGGAUACUUACUCAUGCCUCCUGUGUGACAGGCUUACCCAUAGCUCUUACUAUACAUAAUAUAUCAAUACAUAUUAUACAUCGACACGGUCGUGUUCAAGUGAGCGGGCUGGGCGGGGGAAUACCUCCUCGCGUUUUCUCUGACGUGCAUAUAUCGAUGUUCGAUCGAUAUCGAUGUUCCCCUUUACUAUACAUAUAUGGCUGUGAAGGGCGUGCCUAGCAGGGCACACGGUUGGCCACCUGUAUUUGAAUGCCACAUUUUUGCGAGAGCCAGGAUUUGGCCUUUAUUUGCUCGUGUGUAAUGUUUAGGGUGGGGUAGACUUGUCACAGGGGGGUAAGGAGGUAGCACAAGGGAGCAGGAGAUUGCUGGUCCGGUAUACGUUGGGUGCGCUUUCACAGUUUACGCACCGAGAGAGCGAAUCUGGCCGGGGUGGGGAGGUGGCAUCGGCGGUCCGUUUCUCGUGGCGGUCGUCCGUUCGUUUGACACGUGUCACGCGGCUCUGAUGUCUAGAUUGCCGAUCGAAUCGGGAUUCUGUUAUCCUCUGUCGCCGCUAGACGUAUGCGCAUGCAUCUUCAUGCAGUGGCUCGUUUCAUGAUGUUGGGCGUGAAUUUUAAACCUGCGUUGCCAAUAUCGAGAGAUCAGCUCCAAGUUUUGCUGUAUCCUGGUGAGCCAUGUACGCGUGUUUUUUUGUAAAAGGGGUGCCUAUAUUCUUACUUGAUCUAUUCAGGUAGGUCCACAUUGUAUUUCCAGGUGUGAAACUCUUAAAACCAACAGAAUGGUUCUUUGUCAGUAUGAUGUCAUGUGUAUAAAUCCAUUUCGAGAACAAGACAUAUUUAUUGUCGCGCAUGCAUGAGUUGCGUAAAGUUUUGUUGUUGAGUGAUGUAACGAGGGAUGGGUUACGUGGGUAGCAAGUAUAUUUAUCAUAAUUUUGUGAUAAAUUAAAACUACACUAUUGUAGAUAUAAAUAAAGCCAUUGCUUAACAAAACCA